GAAAUGCCUACAGAGAAUGCCUGGGCAAUGGGACAUGGGCUUCCAAGAUAAACUACUCUCAGUGCGAGCCUAUUCUGGACGACAAGAGGAAGUAUGCGCUCCAUUACAAGAUUGCUCUCAUCAUAAACUACCUGGGGCACUGUAUAUCAGUAGGGGCCCUUAUAGUUGCCUUUAUGCUUUUCUUGUGCUUGAGGAGUAUCAGAUGCCUGCGGAAUAUUAUCCACUGGAACUUGAUCACCACAUUCAUCCUGAGGAAUGUGAUGUGGUUUCUGCUUCAAAUGAUAGAUCACAACAUACAUGAAAGCAAUGAACCCUGGUGUCGAUGUAUUACCACUGUCUACAAUUAUUUUGUGGUGACGAACUUCUUCUGGAUGUUUGUGGAAGGCUGCUACUUACACACUGCUAUAGUGAUGACUUACUCCACAGAUAAGCUGCGGAAAUGGGUCUUUCUCUUCAUAGGAUGGU